GUUCCGGCUUCCGGCAAGAAGCAGAAGAUAUUAAUAACGGCGACAAGUCUACUUCAUCAUGCACCUCCGCUCGCGAAGGACGAGAAAAGGAAAACCAAACCGCCGAAACCGGGAGUACGUUGGCUAGUGCACAGGAAGUUGCUGAUGCGUAUUUUGGUUCUACCAAGCGAGCGUUUCUCGGCCGCGAGGGAACAUCAAGAUCGACUGACCUAGGUCACGCGAGG